UCAUAUGCUGGAGGUGACAUACAGAAAGCAUUGUACACAAGCAAGAAGAUUUUGUUAGGGAUGAGCUAGCCUGGAAAGGCAAGGAAACAGUUGACACAGCAGUACCUAUGCAGUUGAAGGUGAAGAGUUUUGACACUGGCAGCUGCAGAAGUGUUUAGUACACAUGCUGUAAGGCACAGCAAAGCCCAAACAAGCACAGCUCAAAAGUGCAUAAAUACUUAGCCAUUCUGUACUAAAGUCACUUGGGUUAGUAUCACAUCUCUGCAACAACAGAGCUGUGAUGCUAGGGUCACCAUCUGGAAUGCUGUUCAUCGAACACAGUUUAACUCUGUGAAGGGCAGUCUAUCCUGAUAGCAUGGGAGCUGUAGCCACCAUCUCUCCAGUCCAGCCCCGGUCCUGGGAAGCAGCUUGCCAAUCAUCCUUAUGGAGCAGUGGGUCACAGCCAUUAUGUCACCUGCCCGUUGCCUGCUGGACAGCACCAAGGUUGUCAGACACCAGGCAUGAAGUUAACUACAGCAUUAUUUAAAGGUCCGGGCCGUAGGCCACAAAUGGAACCUGUUCCCUUUCAAGAGAUUUUACCCCUGAAGCUGAAAGGAAGUGUGUCAGGGAAAGGAGACAAAACAUCAAAGGCUAGCUGUGUACAAGAAAUGGCAGUAAUGCUAGCAUGCCUGAAGCAAAAUGAGUUUGAUCAGGCAAUGUGCUCCAGUGAAAUUAAAAUUUUCCAAGAUUGUGUGAAGGAAUACGAUGAAAAGAAGAAAUUGAAGGAUACACAGGAAAAGCUGGGUAUUUUAACACCUGGUGAAAGAAAUUUAAGUCACAAGCAAAUAAAUCAGUUGCUGAGAAGAUUUCCUCCUUUAUCAUAAAAUUUAUUUACGUAGAGUAAAAUAGAUAUUUGAUAAAAUUGUAAUGUAAGAUUUGAUUGCGUUGUUUGUAUAUAUAUAAUUGCUUCCAAAGGAAGUGAAUAAAAGUGUUAAAAAAUUUCUAAA